UGUGUUACCGGCUGUUAACGUGGCAGUAAGAACAGCCUCGACACAGCAACGUCGAUAGAAUUUAUUUAGUUUCGAGUGGUCGGUUGUUAAAAAUUAAGCAGCAACAAAUUAAUCAUUGAGAUGAAGUUACUGUGUUUAUUGGUAUUUGCAUGUGUAUUUUACGAUGCUAGUGCUUAUUUUAUUAGCGUCGAUACACAUGCGGAGGAGUGCUUCUUUGACAGAGUCGAGCAGGGAACGAAAAUGGGACUGACUUUUGAGAUUGCUGAGGGUGGAUUUCUCGACAUCGAUGUGAAAAUUGUUGGUCCAGACGGAAAGGUUAUUUAUCAUGGUGAACGGGAAAGCAAUGGAAAGUACACGUUUGCUGCUUAUAUGCCUGGGGUUUACACUUACUGCUUCAGCAAUCAGCAGAGUACGCAGCUACUGAAGGUUGUUAUGUUCAAUAUGGAUGUGAGUGAACCUCCCAAGGUGGGGGAGGAGCACAAGCCCGAAGGGGAUGGCGAGGAGGGCAAUCAUGUUAAGCUGGAUGACAUGAUCAAGGAUUUGAGGACUAGUCUGUCUGGGGUGAAAAAUGAACAGGAGUAUAUGCAGGUUCGAGACCGCAACCACAGGGCAAUCAACGAAAGUACUAAUUUCCGAGUUGUAUUGUGGUCAAUUUUCGAAGCUGCAGUAUUGAUUUCAAUGACCACUGGUCAAAUAUUCUAUUUGAAGAGAUUUUUCGAAGUGAGGAGAGUUGUGUGAAACUUUAGGUCUAUGGGGGAAUUGUGGGAGUAUCAAUUUUGGUUAAUAAACUCUUUUAUAAGUGAUA